UUCUUCUGGAGGCUCUCAGUGAAAGCAUCCUCCUUGAGUCCACUGAACGGAUGUUUGCCGGUCCAAGAUGAAGCCUUUGUGUUGGAAGCUGACCGUCACCUGCUUGUGGCUUUUUUCCUCUGCGAUCCAAGAAACAACCAAAGCCUCAAGCCAACAACAGCAAGCAGAUGAGGAAGGAAGAGUAGACGCUGUUGGAGCGUCUUUGAAGGUCAAACACAUCUCCAAGGACUUACAGAUCAUCUCCACCAAAUAUAAAACCCCGGCGUACGGCUCUCUUGGCCCGUACGGGUGGCCUCGGAACUUCUCCCUGGAUCAACAUCUAUACAACCCUCCAUCCAAAUCAAAGCCUCAUCCAAAAGUGUCUAGCAAGUCCAAGAAGAUUUUGGGUUGGGGCGACUUUUACUUCAAUGUGAAAACGCUGAAAUUUAGCCUACUAGUGACCGGGAAGAUUGUGGAUCACAUCAACGGCACGUUCAGCGUCUAUUUCCGUCACAACUCCUCGCAUUUGGGGAAUAUCACCGUUAGCAUUGUGCCGCCAUCUAAAGCGCUUGCCUUGGAGGUUCUGGAUCCUGGAAUUCCAAGCACUCAAUCCGUCCUAUUAACAGAUCUAGCAUCCCAGUUUCAAUCCACCGGUUCGACUCCUUCAGAUUUUCCCAAACAGCAGCAGGACUUGAUGGUCAUGACUGAAUUAAACUGCCGUGUGGAGUACCAAAGAACCAAUCGGUCCAAGAAAACCAAGCCCUGCAUGUACGACCCGGGUCAAACAUGCUACUCGGAAAACACCCAAUCGCAGGCAGCGUGGAUCUGUGCCAAACCGUUUAAGGUCAUAUGCAUUUUCAUCGCCUUCACCGGGACAGACUACAGACUGGUGCAGAAGGUUUGCCCAGACCGCAAUUUUCAGGUUGAGCAGAACCAGCAGCACUUUGGAUGACUGUUAUCCAAACAAUGACUGACUGGAAGCUAUCUUGGAGAUGAAGCAUGGUGUCCAAUCGGGGUUUUUUGUAGUGAAUCACCUUGGUGUUACAAGAGUGGACCUCAAGAAUUCCAUAACAAUCCUAUACGUAGCCUUAAAUGUAUUCGGAUUUCCCUUAGAACCUAGGUCACAACCGCAUAGUCGAUUUUUUUCGCCAUGUGCUUCCCCAAUUUGCUGCGUUUUUGUGUUUGUUUGUGAAGAACAUAGUUGUGAUGACAAUACCGAAAUCUGACAUCAACAAAACACAAACGUUGACCAUACGGACAAAGCCGUUUGUCUUGCAACCUGAAACAAACAACUUUUAUUCUUACUUCCUGUUGGUGGCGCCAGACAUUGUCGGGAUUCGUGACCUCAACUGGCUUCUCUGAUUUUGGACCAUAAUUAGACCAUUCAUUCAUUCAUUUUCUACCGCUUUUCCUCACGAGGGUCGCAGGGGGUGCUGGAGCCUAUCCCAGCUGUCUUCGGGCAAGAGGCGGGGUACACUCUGGACUGGUGGCCAGCCAAUCACUGGGCACAUAUAGACAAACAACCAUUCACACUCACAUUCAUACCUGAACAAUGACCGUCGCGACGUGGACCAGCUCACGGGAAACAUGUAAUCUAUUCCUUUGUCAUGAAUAGGAGUAUGAAAUUAAGUGACAAUUACAUUAAACACAGCAGCAGGCUAACCCAAGCAUCAUGCUUGUGAUCCACCUGCAUUCAUUCAUUUUCUACCGCUUAUCGUCACAAGGGUCGCGGGUGGUGCUGGAGCCUAUCCCAGCUGUCUUCGGACGAGAGGCGGGGGUACACCCUGGACUGGUGGCCAGCCAAUCACAGGGACACAUAUAGACAAACAACCAUUCACACUCACAUUAAUACCUAUGGACAAU